UUCUGUUUAUAUACUGAGAAAGUGCCAAGUUUUUGUCUGCUUCAUGUAACCUAUGGAUUUCGCUGUCCAAAACCAUUGAAAUUUAUUCAUGGAAUUGGCCAUAAGAUUAUUUUUCUCUGUAUCUUUUUUCUCCCUUGUUAAUGAUCUUUUGAGGUGACAUGUCAUUGUUACAUGGUAAAGUGAAGAACAGAAGAGAAGAGGAAGGCAGUGCAGCUGUGCAGGAGAAGGGAAAGUAGCUAAGCAAGUAAGGCUGGCAGAUGCCAUGCCAGCUGCAAGCUAGGCGAUCGAUCAAGAGAUCGCGUCAUCAUCUCUGAUCAAUCUCACACUGUGAACAAGAGUAGAAAGAAACCUCAUCAAGGUCAAGGUCAAGCUCGGACGACUCCUCUCCAUGGAUGGAGAUCGGAGUAGGAGGAGUGCCGCCGCGAUCACGCGGCCGCCGUCGCACGGCGGCCCGGCGUGGCGGCGGAUGAUCGCCUGGAUUCAACUACUCAAGGUGUUCGUCCAGAGGUACGGGGAGGUGGCGAGGUGGCGCACGGCGUUCCUCCUCUUCCUGGCGCUCCUGGCGGAGCGGGGCCUGCGCCGCGCCUACCUGUCGUGGAAGGAGUCGCGGCUGCGGCCGCGCGCCGCCGCCGCCGUCACCCUGCAGGCCGCGUUCCGGGGGAUGGCCGCCCGCCGCGAGCUCUCCCUCCGGCGCAGGGCCGCACGAGCCGCAGCCGCCGCGCUCAUCCAGGCGCGGUGGCGCGCGCGCGCGGCGGCGCGGGAGCACGCGGCGGCCGUGAUCUGCCAGUGCGCCUGGAGGCGCCGCGCCGCGCGGCGGCGGCUCGCGAGGCUCCGGAUCGAGCAGGAGAGGGCGGCGGAGGCGUGCAGGCUCAGGGAGAUGGUGGACGUGCUCCAGCAGGCGGUGGAGGACGCGGAGGUGCGGGUGAUCGCCGAGCGGGAGGCGGCCAAGAAGGCCAUCGCCGAGGCGCCGCCGGUGAUCAAGGAGAUCGUCGUGCAGGUCGUGGACACCGACAAGGUGGACUCGCUCGCCGCCGAAGUCGCCCGCCUCAAGGAUUUGCUGGGAGCAGAGAUGAAGGCGACGUUUGACGCGAAGAAGGCGGUCGCCGAAGCCGAGCUGAGGAACGAGAAGCUGGCUAGGUUGCUCGGUGUCGAGGAGGUGAAGAACAGGCAGCUGCAAGAAUCCCUGAAAAGGAUGGAGAUGAAGGCAUCUGAUCUUGAGGAAGAAAACCAGAAGCUUCGAGGAGCUGUCGCGUCAGUCCCUUAUGUCAGGUUGCCGUCAAACGUAAACCGUGAUGAUCCUGAUCUUGAGCCAACUCCAGAGAAUGAGGAUGAGAAUGAGAAUGAGAAAGCAGUUUAUUGUGAGGUGAAGCCAAUGAUAGUGGAUAGAGGGGUUGACAUCCAUGAGAACAAUUCUCAACUGCCUGGCCUGAAUGAUCCUGAAGCUGAGAAGCAGCAGCAGGAGCUGUUGAUCAAGUGCAUAUCUGAAGAUCUUGGGUUCUCUAUUGGAAGGCCUAUUGCCGCAUACCUCAUCUACCGAUGCCUGAUCCACUGGAAAUCAUUUGAAGAGGACAGGACAACAGUUUUUGAUCGCAUUAUUCAGAAGAUAAGUGCUGCAAUUGAGGCUCGAGACAACAAUGAGACAUUAGCAUAUUGGCUAUCCAAUUCAUGCACACUGCUGCUGCUUCUCCAAAAAACACUGAAAAUCAACGGGGCAGCUGCUUUGGCUCGUCAGAGGCGAAGAGCAUCACCCCUGAAGACGCCACAGGAAAAUCAAGCACCUAAUCAUCCUGACCGUAGUCCAGUUCCUGAUGGACGGUUAGUCGGUGGACUAGGUGAAGUUUGCCAGGUUGAAGCCAAGUAUCCAGCUCUUGCUUUCAAGCAGCAGCUCACUGCAUUGCUGGAGAAGGUCUAUGGAAUUAUCAGGCACAAUUUGAAGAAGGAACUGUCCCCACUGCUUGGUCUCUGUAUUCAGGCACCAAGAACAUUUGUUGUAAGCCCCAGAGGGUCAGGCGCUCAAGGAACAGACUUGGCACAGCAAGCUUCUAUGGCACAUUGGCAGAGCAUCAUCAAAAUUCUUACAAAUUCGCUGAAUGUCCUAAAAUCCAAUUAUGUGCCUCCCUUCCUAAUCUGCAAGCUGUUCACCCAACUAUUUUCAUUCAUCAAUGUUCAACUCUUCAACAGUCUUCUGCUACGGCGUGAAUGCUGUUCAUUCAGUAAUGGAGAGUAUGUUAAAGCUGGGUUGGAUGAGCUAGAGCACUGGUGCUUUUGGCUGACUGAAGAGUAUGCAGGUUCUUCCUGGGACGAACUGAAGCAUAUUAGGCAGGCCGUAGCACUUCUGAUACUUGAAGAGAAGCACAGCAAGUCUCUCAAAGAAAUCACUGAUGAGUACUGCCCAGCACUUAGCAUGCAGCAGCUAUACAGAAUCAGCACAAUGUAUUGCGACGACAAGUAUGGAACUCUGGGUAUUCCUCCAGAAGUGGUUUCGAGCAUGAGAACCAAGAUGGUCCAGCAGGGAUCGAACAGUCCAUCGACACAAGAUGACAUCAAUUCCUUCCUGUUAGAUGACGAUUUCAGUAUACCGUUCUCCAUCGAUGACAUUGCAAAGCUGAUGGUUCACAUCGACAUAGCAGAUAUGGAUCUGCCACCCCUGAUUCAGGAGAACAAGGGCUCUCCACAUCUGAUGCCCUAAAACGAAAACGACAACUGAUCUACAUCUACACGCGUUUUUUUCGUGUUCUGAUGAUGUACAUAGCGCAUGAUACAAACCACAGUUUUGAGUUUUGGGUUUUGAGUUUUGAGUAUAUAUAACUACUUCAAAAAGAAAAAAGAAAAAAAAGAGAGGAGUACAUAUACAGAUUUGUUUUUUUUUCUUUUUUCUGUUUGGUUUGGUCUCCCUUUCGCUUUCAACAGAGAGUGGUUGCUUGAGUUGUGUGUGCCUGCGUGUACAGAGCUGAGCUGAUAUGUACUAAGCCAAGAAAGAAAAACGAUUUUUGGUUUGGAGCUUUCAGAGUGUGAAGCUUGCAAGUCAAGCAAUGUUGCUGUAUACAUUGCCACGUGUGCUCUAGUAUUGUUGAUAUGAUACUA